AUGGAAUAAUUUUAAGAAUUAGCUAAGAAAUAAUUGAGUGAUGACAAUCGUUUUAUUGAAACUCCCAAACUUUGUAAUGAAUAAGGCACCAAAUGGUUAAUUGGAUAUAAUCAUCUUAUAACAAGUGAUGAGGAUUAUGAACAAUUCAAGAAUGGAAUUAAUAAGGACAAAGCCUAAUAUUUAUUAUAAUAGGAUAUCGAUACUGCCAAAAUGGUACUUGAAAAUGAAUAUAAUGAAAAAUACGGAGAAAAUAGCUUUCAAUAAUUAAAUAUUGGUUGCUAAUAUCUUCUUUUAUCUAUUCUUUUGAAUACAGGAAGAAUAUUGCAAUACUCUAAAUUGAUAAAGGAGUGCUAGUCGAAAAAUUUUUAUCAAGCCUUGAAAUUUAAUGAAAGGAAGCACAUUAGUGAUGAGAACCAAAACAAUUUGUUAAAGAUUAAAUUCAUAGAGGAACAAAAAUUGUUUUAAGAACACUUUGAUCAAUAUGGAAAUCCAAAAAAAGAAGGCUUGUGGAAAUAUGAAAUACUUCAAACAAAUGAAAAAAGUUUAAUUUAUGCUACUGAGCUGUUUAAUGAUAGGUUUGUAACAUUAGAGUAGUAUGCUAUAUUUGCUAUGAAUACUGAUUUAGAAUUUUGUAAUCGCAAGAGUCCUGAAUGGAUUAAAUUUUUAAGAGAUUUGGAAGGAAAAAAGUAUAAUUUUGCCAGCUAUAACGAAGAAAAAAACUUGUGGUUUCCUGUAAAUGUAAAUGAUCAAGAUUAUUAAAUAAUUGGAUAUUCUCAUAUAUGUUAACCCAAGGAAGUGUUAGCAUAUAAAAAUGGUUUAACAGAUGGACAAGUUAACUAUCUGUUCUUAGCUGAUUAUGAUAAAAAUGUUUUAAAGUUAAGGAGAUUUUUUAAAUCUGAAUAUCCGAAUGUUGAUUUGGAUAGUCUUACUUCAUAAGCUUAAUUAUUAUUGAUAGACUUAUCGUUUAGAAACUGGCCAUUAACAUCAUAUAGAAAAUCCAUCGAACUUGCAAUUCAAAAUAAAAUAUAGGAAGCAAUAUGUGAGAGCCACAUAUAUUAUCGGCCUGAUGAGUCAGUUAAUUCACAUUAUUAUUCUAGAUAGGAUGAAAUUUUUAAUUUACUUAAUUAAAUUUCAUCCACUUAUGUACUAAAAAACAAUGCUUAAAAGAAUUUUUUUGAAGACCCUAAAUUCAAUAAUAUAGUAGGUGUUAAAAUUACUGAAAAUAAUUUUAAUUUUGUUCUUAAUGAAGAGGCUGAAACGAAGAUUUAGAUAUAAGAUUUAUUCACAUUUUUGAAAGUUUAUUAUGAUCCAGAAUUUGCAGAUUACCAAAUUGAUAUGUCAUUUACAUUAGACCCAGAGGAAAACGAUUAAGAAAUGAAUAGUCCAUUCCAAUAAAAAAUCUAUUUCCCAAAAUAUUUAGAAGGAACACAUGUUGGAGAAGUUCUUUAUGAAGCUGAUUUUCUAUUAAAAUAAAUGAGUUUGGGAAUAGAAGUAUUGUAAAGAGAGCCAUUAUAAACUAGACCAUUUGAUUACGGAAACCUAGAUCUAUAACCUCUAUAUAAAUUAGAUCCAGAAUAUUUUGCUAGAAUAUUUCUUAAAAUUGGAAAACUAAAGUUACACAUUAUAGAAGAUAAAAAUAAUCAUGUUCAUAAACUUGAGAUUUAGAAUAUUUAAAUGGCAGUUGAUGCAAGAACUGUUAAUGAAGAACUCUAGGACGAGGAAAUUUAGGAUGAAAAUAAUGGAGCCUAUAGAUUUGCAAAUUAAUUUGGUAAAAUUUACGAUUAAAUUGCCCAAAAAUACCCCAUCCUAACAAGAUUAAAGCAAGUUUUAAUGGCUAAUUAUUUAGCCAAAUAUAUGUUUGAAAAAGGGAUUUCAUUAGAUUAUAAAUUGAUUGAAGAAAUAUUCAAUAAGAAUCUCAUCCAAAAUUAUUAACCUUAUAAAAGUCCAACAUUAAAAUUGGAUGUAGAAGAUGAAUAGUAAAUUAUUUCAAUAAGAGGAGGAAUUGAUGGAAAUACAGAAGAUGUUAAUAAUCAAUUAAAGGAGGAACAUAAAAAAUUAGAUGAAAACCCAACUGAACAGUCUGUUGAAAUAUAAUCAGAUAAAUUGGAAGCUAAAAUAGAGAGAUGUGAUAGUGUAACUAGUAUUUCUACAUAAGAUUCAGAGAUUGAAAUAUAAUUAGAACCUACAAUAUCAUGUAGUAAAUGUAAAUAGAAUUUAGAAUCAUGUGAAAUUAAAAGGGGUAAUAAAGAUAAUGUUUGCAAAAGUUGUCAAGGCAAAAAAUGUUCAAAGUGCUAAUCAUUCAUUGAUUAUCCUUUGUAGUAGAUUCAAAAUGAAAGUUAUUGUAAGGGAUGUAUAAAAUGCCAUGAAUGCAAUAAGUUUGAGCCAAGAAAAUCGGUAGGAUCAUUUUUAUUUCAUGAGGAUUGUUUAAAGGUGUCAUAAAAUUCAGUUCUUAAAAAAGAAAUGAUUGCUUAUAUUAAGAAAUAUUUUGGAACCAAAUAAAAAAAAGGAGAUAAUAAUGAUCAAAAAAUUUAUUUUUAUUCUGAUCCAUAUCCUUGUUUAAAUAUAAAAGACUACUCAGGAUAUAUAAUUGGUUAUAAUCAUCCAUUAAUUAAAAGUCAAGUAAAAAUUAAUCAAAAUACAUUCAGAAUACCUUAAGAAAAGGCUGAUAAAUAUUUAAUUGAAGAUUUAGAUUAAUUUGAAAGGGAGUUAUAUAACUUUUAUUUAAGACAAAACAAAAAGCCAGAUGAUGUCCCUGAAAACAUCAGAAUGCUCAUGCUAUUUGUUCUAUUCAUAUUUAAAGAUUUCAAUCUUGUUCUUAAUUUAGCAAAUUAAUAAACUUUUAACCAUCUUUUUGUUGAAGCUUCUUAAAUAUAAUAUAAAAAAUAAGGUACUGAUAUUCUAAAAGGUAAAGUUGAAAAAGCUUUAGAUUUCUUUAAUGAUCGCUUCCAUAGAAAAGAUGGAAGUAUUAGAGAAAAAGAUUUGAAGAAUUAGUUUAAGAAAAUGUUACCUACCUAAAAAAGAAAUUGAC